AGAGAAAAUGUAAGGGGCAUUUACGUAAACAGACUUAAGAGAGAACCCUAGUUCUCAGAGUAUAAAAGCUCAUUAUCUCGUCAGAAUGAACACUCAUCACUUUUGCUGUGAUUCUCUUCUCUUCACUUUUAUAUCGCCUAAUUUCUAUUCUCUAAGUCUGUUAGUAACUCAAGAUGGGUAAAGAGAAGGUUCACAUCAACAUUGUGGUCAUUGGCCACGUCGACUCUGGAAAGUCAACUACGACCGGUCACUUGAUCUACAAGCUUGGUGGUAUUGACAAGCGUGUUAUUGAGAGGUUCGAGAAGGAAGCUGCUGAGAUGAACAAGAGGUCAUUCAAGUAUGCCUGGGUGCUUGACAAGCUUAAGGCUGAACGUGAGCGUGGUAUCACCAUUGAUAUUGCCUUGUGGAAGUUUGAGACCACUAAGUACUACUGCACCGUUAUUGAUGCCCCCGGACACAGGGACUUUAUCAAGAACAUGAUCACUGGUACCUCCCAGGCUGACUGUGCCGUCCUGAUUAUUGACUCCACCACUGGUGGUUUUGAAGCUGGUAUCUCUAAAGAUGGUCAGACCCGUGAACAUGCGUUGCUUGCUUUCACCCUUGGUGUCAAGCAAAUGAUUUGCUGCUGCAACAAGAUGGAUGCUACCACCCCCAAGUACUCCAAGGCUAGGUAUGAUGAAAUCGUGAAGGAAGUUUCUUCCUACCUCAAGAAGGUUGGUUACAACCCUGACAAGGUCCCCUUUGUCCCCAUCUCCGGUUUUGAAGGAGAUAAUAUGAUUGAGAGGUCUACCAACCUCGACUGGUACAAGGGCCCAACCCUCCUUGAGGCUCUCGACCAGAUUAAUGAGCCCAAGAGGCCAUCAGACAAGCCCCUCCGUCUUCCACUUCAGGAUGUUUACAAGAUUGGUGGUAUUGGUACCGUCCCUGUUGGUCGUGUGGAGACUGGUGUAAUCAAGCCUGGUAUGGUUGUGACCUUUGGCCCUACUGGUCUGACAACUGAAGUCAAGUCUGUAGAGAUGCACCACGAAGCUCUCCAGGAGGCACUCCCUGGUGACAACGUUGGAUUCAAUGUUAAGAAUGUUGCUGUGAAGGAUCUCAAGCGGGGUUUUGUUGCCUCAAACUCCAAGGAUGACCCAGCCAAGGGGGCAGCCAGCUUCACCUCCCAGGUCAUCAUUAUGAACCAUCCUGGCCAGAUUGGAAAUGGAUAUGCACCGGUGCUCGACUGCCACACUUCCCACAUUGCUGUCAAGUUUUCUGAGAUCUUGACCAAGAUUGACAGGCGAUCGGGUAAGGAACUCGAGAAGGAGCCUAAGUUCUUGAAGAAUGGUGAUGCUGGUAUGGUUAAGAUGAUUCCCACCAAGCCUAUGGUUGUUGAGACCUUCUCUGAGUACCCACCAUUGGGUCGUUUUGCUGUGAGAGACAUGAGGCAAACUGUUGCUGUUGGUGUCAUCAAAAGUGUUGACAAGAAGGACCCAACCGGUGCCAAGGUCACCAAGGCUGCCCUGAAGAAAAAGUGAAUGGUGCGGUGUAAUGCUGGUGUUUCCAAUGCGAUCUAUUAUGAGCAAGUGUGCUGUGUUCACUCUCUUUUAUUUAGUUCUGCUAGAGUCUCCUCUUUGAUUUGCAUAUUAGGUUCUAGUUCUCUGCCUUGUAUGUCAUAUAACCAUUCUCAGAACUGGGUACUUGACAGGCGGUGGCGUGCAUGAUUUUGAGUCUUUUCAUUUUCUGUUGAGGGGCCUUGGUUUUCCAUGGCAGCUCAGGAUUUUUGCUAUUUAUGUUGCUUAAAUUUGACUCUUAUUUAUCUACUCGUUCCCUUAUCUUGCAUAAAGUAUCUAUGCGUAUAAAUUGCGUUUGUUGAA